AACAGCCUGCCCAUCUGUUGUGCGCUUACCUCCAGUCCUCACUUUGGCUUGUUUAAUCGACAUUGGCAAUUAAUAUCCUCAAGUGUUUUGCAUACUCGCACAAUCUUCAAGCGUGUUCGUUGAUAACCACAGUCAACCUACAUUGAAUUUUACGUUUACCUCUGCCUAAAUAUCGCGAGAGCUGUCUUCAAAUCCUGUCCCUUUCACAAAAUGAAUUUCGGUCAACUCGGUGAUAAAGAGAAAACAGUUCUGGAACAGUUUCGCGAAGCGACUAAAGACUGCGUUCUACCAGACGCUAAUGACGACUAUCUCCUUCGAUGGCUCAUCGCCCGUGAUUUCGAUUUGAUUAGAGCUGAAAAAAUGCUACGUGAUUCUAUGGAAUGGCGUCGCCAUUUCAAAGUCGAUGGGAUGCUGGACAAUUACAAGGCACCCGAAGUGUUGGCUCGGUAUUUUACCGGCGGACACAUCGGCGUCGAUAAGCAAAAAAAUUACCUGAUAGCUAUUCGCUACGGAGCUAUGGAUUUAAAAGGCAUUUUACGUUCAGCCAAGAAAAGGGAUUAUUUAAUGCAUGUGAUUGGCAUUGCCGAGAGGUGCGUCAUAUCAAUGCGAAAUAAUCCUGACAAAUUCAAACAAUCUCCGGAUGCCAUUUCUCAGCUAACGAUCAUCUUCGACAUGGACGGCUUCUCAAUGCGUCACAUCACGUACAAGCCAGGCAUUGAUACGGUCCUUCAAUUGCUCCAGGUGUACGAGGCAAAUUACCCUGAGCUUCUGCGUCGUGUUUUCGUUAUCAACGCGCCCAAAGUAUUCGCUGUUCUCUACUCGAUGAUGAAGCCGCUUAUGCACGAAAAGACGGCGAACAAAGUGCACGUUUUUAGUAAUAAUUCUGACCAAUGGAAAGCAGCUCUUUUGGAAGACAUCGAUCCGCAAGAAUUACCCGCUUGUUACGGUGGAACUCUGACCGACCCCGAUGGAAACCCCAACUGUGUAACGAUGUUUAAUAUAGGAGGAGAAGUCCCGAAAUCCUAUUAUCUCAAUGGCGAGACUGACGUUUCCUAUAAAAAACUAUUGUCGAUUGCUAGAGGAUCGAAGGAGCAACUGCAAUUUCAAAUUGCAAAACCCAAUAGCGUAGUGAAGUGGGACUUUCAUUCGGAAGAUGGUGAUAUCGCCUUCGCUGUGUAUCGGGAAAAAGAGGGCGGAUUGCUCCCGAUUGUCCCUCACGAACGCGUGGAUUGUCACCUGUCGUCUGAAGAAGGUGAAAUGCGCUGCGAUUACACCGGUGUCUACGUUGUAGAAUUCGACAACAGCUUCAGCUACCUCCGCUCAAAGAAGAUUUGGUAUUCGAUUUCCAUUGAAUCUGUGAAUGAUCAGAAUGGCAUCAUCGACGGGGAUAAUUUUAAUUGAAUCUCAUCUCAUGUAUUCCAUACUAAGUUUUCUCGUUUGUAAUAAUA